AUGUCUGAAAACCAACUCGAAAAUAAUGAAACAAAAAAUACUAGCGCAAAUCCUACGGUAGGUUACUGUAUCCUUAGUUUAGACUCGAUUUACUGUUUUUGCAGGCGACAAAGUUUCCAUUGUUGUCGGCGGCGUUGCUGAAUCAGGAUGAGAAAAUAUUGAGAGACACGGCAUUUGGAAAAUAUAAAAAUGUGAUUUGUGUUGUUUGCAAUGAAUGGAUAUGUGCCAGAAAUCGGUAAGCUCACACCAGGUCUCGAACCCUUGACCCUUCACUCCAAAAAUAAACACGCUAACCGACUGCACCAUUUUGCAGAAAAAACCACAUCGAAUCGCAUUUGAACUAUCGCCCAUUUCAUUGUUCGCAUUGCGAUUUUUCAUCGCGACGCGAUAUUUUUAUGCGACAACAUAUCAAAUCAAAACAUUAUGGAUUGGAAGGAAUCGUUGUUUGUUUGAAUAUUCCUGAUGUGGCAAUUGAAAAUGAGUGAGUCUUUGAUUUGAAAAUUUGAAGAAAACGUUUAUUGUUCGAUGGAGCGCGUUUGCAGAAAAUAUGUAUUUUCGGUGCGGAAAUGAUCAAUCACGUGAAUGGACACGUUUGGAUUGAAGAAAAAUAUCCACGUGGAUUAGGCAGAUUUUCAUCAAGACAUUUUUGAUGUUUUGGCCUCAAAUUCACGUGGCACAGUUAUCAAAGCACGAACUUUCCUGAAAAAUUAUCGUUCAUCUCAAAAUGUUCCUGAUUUUUGCAGAGUAGAACGCCUCGCUCAAGACUGCCUAACCUCGACCCAAAAAUCGGCUCUUCAAAUUCUCGAAUCCGGAACUCGAAAUCGAUCAAUAACUCAAGCUGUUAUAUCAAAUCGUCCAAUUUUAGUUAUCGAAUCGGUUCGAAAAAUUCGACCAAUUGUGAAGAAUCGAACAAGACAAAAACGGACAAAACAAUUAAAUUUGGAUAAGAUUUUCAAAAUUUCACAAAUACCCUCAAAUUCAACUUCAUCUACUAGUUAG